AUGGAACCAUCCUAUUUUUCUAACUCUUCUCUUUGCAACCAUUCAUUGUCAUGUCUCUCUCGACCACCUCAACUAGAAUACACCACUGAGUGGAAUUUUGAGGAGAACAAGAUCUUUGAAAACGCACUAGCAGAGUUUGAUCUUGAUUGUCCACAACUUUUUGAGAAAAUUGCAAUUAGGCUCCCUCGAAAAACUAUACCACAAAUCAAGAAGCACUUGGAGGAUUUGAGCAACGAUAUUGAAAUGAUUGAUUCAGGUCUCAUUUCAGUACCCAACUUUAACAAGACUAGCGAGACAAAUGAAAAAAAAUCAGCUCCUGCAGUUGAAAGGAAAUCCGGAAAGAAACGAAGAAAGGGGGUUCCAUGGACUUCAGAAGAACAUGAGUUGUUCCUUAGAGGUUUAGAGAGGUUUGGUAAGGGAGAUUGGAGAAGCAUUUCACGGCAAUGUGUGGUGACAAAGAACCCAACACAAGUUGCAAGUCAUGCCCAAAAAUAUUUUCUCCGCCUUCAGAACUCUGGUGCCCAAGCCCAACAAUCCACCUUGAGGCCCUCAAAUAAAACCUCUAAAGAAGCACUCAUGUCCUCAACCGCAUUUGCUACUGCUACUACUGCUGUUGCUGCUGCUAGUCUCCCUGCGCCCAGCGUUGCCUCUACUAGCGAUCAAUUUUACGAUUCAUUCCAUUCUUAUCAUUGUCGGUAUUGA